AUGGAAGGAAGUCUUUCUGAAUCAACACCGGUGGAUCUGUUUCCACAAGCCCUCCCUAAAAUACCCUCAGAUGCAUCUUGUCCGAGAUAUCAACGAAAGCUGUCUGUAAGAGAAAUAAAAAUCCAACGAUCCGAGGCUGGCAACAAAUAUGCAGCAUUUACAAGACAUUCUCGUGCUAAGGCAUUAUGGAAGACAGCCUUCAGUCUAAUCUCCUCUCGUGGUGACCCAUGGGAGAAGUUUCAUUUGCAAGAACUUCCAGAAGAAACGGCAAAGCGUUAUCGUUAUAACGCUAUUAAGGGCAAGUGGAUAGAAGAUAUCGUACGUGUAAAAAUCGAAAAUUCACCAUUCAAUCGAGGUGCUAUGAGAGAAUGUUUUCGUGCGAAGAAAUUGUCCAAUUUUUCACAUUGCUCUGAUUGGUCAUAUGCAUCAAAUCAUGUUGCUAAACGUUAUAUUGAGAAGGUGAAACUCAUGUGUAUUUUGAUGAUUCGUCAACCGUCUGCACCAAAAAAAGUUGAUAUUUCACAAAUGUGUGUAUUGGAGUUUAUUAAUCGACCAGAGAAACCUCUAUAUCACUUGGAACAUUUUAUAGAAGGGACUUAUCGAAAGUAUAAUUCAAAUUCAGGAUUUGUAGAUGAUUUAUCACGAAACACUCCUCAGGCUUUUAGUCACUUCACCUUUGAACGAAGUGGUCAUCGUUUAAUUGUAGUUGAUAUACAAGGUGUUGGUAAUCUAUGGACAGACCCUCAAAUUCAUACAUUCGAUGGUAAAUCUUAUGGAGAUGGAAAUCUGGGGAUUCGUGGAAUGGCUUUAUUUUUUUAUACACAUCGAUGCAAUCCAUUAUGUUUAGCUCUAUCAUUAAGCGCUUUUGAUUUACCAGUAAAUGAAAAACUAUCUACACCAUUUAGUCAAUUAUCUAUGGAAGCAGCGGAUAAUCAGACUGAAAAUACAAAUGGGAUCAGUGAUAAUAAUAAUGUGGAACUCAGUGGAACAGUAGCUAUUCCAGCUUCUCGUCGUGAUCGAUAUGGUAUUCGUCGUUUGGUUUCAGAAAAUAUUGAUUCAUCUUAUGAUUUACAAAACAAUGCCAAUAAUCACAACAAUGACACUAGUAGUGAUUUUGUAAAUCCAAUGAACUUUGUGGAGUCUCAUAGUGUACCUUCGCCUAAAUUACCAUUUCUACCUUCGAGAUCUCCUGUUUUAUGUAGAAAUGAUAUAUUACAAAAGACUGAUCAAAUCAAUCAUAAUUCAAAUGUCGUUGCUAAUAAUGGAAAACACAAUACAAAUUUUGAUGGCCCAUCGUUUGGUAAUGUGUUCAAAGCACAACAAAGUAUUAUUAGUGAUCCUGGUUGUGAUCCAGUAUGUUCAGAUUUGGAUCAGUCAAAUUCUCAUUUGAAUUCCAGCGAAAGUUCACAACAACUCAGUAAGGAAGCUGAACUCAUUGAAUUUUUUCGUUUACAUCAAGCUGGUCAUCGAAGCAGUUCCAUUGCAGCUUUACAUGGUGCUGAUACUGUAAUUUUAGGUUUAAUACAUCAUGAAUUGGCUCGUUUACAUGCUUCAGGUCGUUUAGCUUUAAUGCAUCAAACCGGUUAUUGUCAAUUAAAGUGCAAUGAAAUCAAAAAACAUCAACCUUCUAUAGAUAUUGAGCAAGAAUUGAAUGGAAAUCAAUUGAAUGAAUUAAAUCGCCCACAAAAUGUUAAUUGGGAAUCAGUUUUAUUUCAUUUAGAACAGUCAGCUAAACUUGGUUGUUUAGAUGCUAUUCAAUGUUUAGCUCAAUAUUAUUUGAAUUUAAUGAUUGAUGGUCCAUUAUCGGAAUGUCCAAUUAAACCUGAUCCAGUGGAAUCUCGAGCACAUGGUUUCGCUUUAAUCAGUGCGGCUGCAUCAGCGGGAGAUCGUAUGGCUAUGCUUUAUUUAGCUGAAGCUUAUUAUCAUGGCGAUUAUUAUUCUCCAGAUACUAGUAAUGAUAUCAAUAAUAAUAAUGAUAAUAAUAAUAAUAAUAAUGGGCGGAAACAAGAACCUGACUGGUUAGCAGCUGCACAUUGGUAUGAAAUGGCGUCUAAAGUUGUUACUUAUGAUGAUGAUGAUGCUACAGAAGAUGAUGAAACAAAUCAACGCAACCCAUCGUUUGUAAAAAGGAGUCGUUCUGGUUUUCAUUCAUUAUCUGAAUGGCCAAUUUAUCGUUUACAAGGUCGAUUAGGAGAAAUGUAUGCUAAAGGUGGUCAUGGUUUAGUCAGAGAUAGAAUAAAAGCUUGUAAGUUAUUAUUUUAGAUUAAAUCUGGACUAUACCGACGGCUUUAAGCGAAUUUGAAAGUAUUCUCGGGAUCGAUCAAUCAGAAAAUAGCUAAUCAGGAUUCAGCUUUUGUAAAAGAGUCCUAACACACAACGGUGAUAGUAUUACAGACGAUUAUAAUCUUUAGCACGAUUAACAAAUGUUAGGGUUAACUAUGGAUAACUUACGCUUGAUAUCAUAGUGCCAAAUUUAAACUAAUAUAAUAGACUUUCGGUGCUAUUUCAGAAUCGACCACACAUUCUUUAGUACACAUGCAUCAAUUAAUCAUUUUCAUCAGCUUUUAAGUCGUCAGUAUUUAGUUAACCGUUAUUUAUCUUUUAUUUUUAACCUAAUGAUCUUGUUUUGUUAGUUCUCUGUUCCGAUACUAUUUCCAAGCAUAAUAGUUUGAAUCUGCCCACUGUAUAGUGUAAAUUUUCACGUUAAUAAGUCUUUUUAUUUGGUUUUUUGAAUCAGAAGAGUUCAAUCAAUUUUUCAAAUAUUAUUAUUGGAGUUAUAAAUUGAUCUAAGUUAGACAGCUAUUGAAAACCUAGUGGCUUUAGAAACUCGUCAACCAUGCGCAUUCACAAUCCUGCUACCGGAGAUCGAACCCUGAAUCUUCGAACGAAACAACUGUCUAGUACUUCAGGUUUUCAAUUGUUACCUAACUUGGAUCGGUUGGCGAUCUCUCCACAGUCCCUCUACUGAUAAGCUUGGUUUAUUGUCUUAACAAUGAGAAUAUGUAACUAGUUAGUUUCAUACAAUUAGUUUCAUCUAUGAAUUUGAAUAAAGCCAGAACGAAAGUUGACACAAAAUCCUAUUUAAUUUUCUAUUUAAUAAAUUAUGUACAUGCCUCUCAAGAUUUUCAAGUAGGAUGUCAUAUUCAUGUUCUUUUGAAAGUGUUAAUGUUGGUGUUUUCGCAAAUUCCAAGGUUUUCGAUUGAACAUUGUAAAUAAUUAAUUUGGCUUACAAUAUUUGAAUCCGUAACAAUUUUAUGAGCUACAAGUAAAGUUGAAUAAGACCUACCAGGGGAAUCCUAUUUGAGACUCUUCAGUUGGAUGUGCCUACAUCUUUGUUGGUGUUCACGCCAGGAUUCGGACCCACUACAUUUCUUUUCAAACCCCCAAAGUAAAUAUCCACUGAACUGGGAAAUAAAUAAAUAAUGCCAUGAGUUUGCUUUAAGUUUAGAACUAAUUUCCUUGGUUCAUUCGGUUUAGGAGUUAACGCCAAUUAUUAUUCUAGCUUUAUUCUAACUAGCUAAUUGUUCACAAGUUUGUUUGUCUUUUUUUUCAUAGCGAAAGAAUAAAUUAGUAAGAUUUACAGAAUGCUAUCACUUCGAUUUAGCCUAUUAGUAUUUUUUUCCAAUGAGUCAGUGAUUAAAGUGAGACUCUAGAUCUACAUUUUAUUCUGGUUAUGUAAUACUUAUCAACAAGACAAGAAAUAUUCUGCUUAAUUAAGAGUGAUACAUAGAAAUGCACCAAACAAUAACGAAUGGCUUAAUACAUAGAAGUAGCUAUCACAGGAGAAUUAGAAAUGAAUUAAAAGGUCAAGUUACGCAUCUCAUUUUAACAUAUAUACCAUAAGAAGGGUUAAAUAGAAGCUAUCAAGAUAAUUAAAAGGUCAUUCGACAAUAAAUGACUUGGGAAAAAGAAAGUCUGUGAAAUUGUCGGGUUCUGUUUUACAAAAUGUUGCUGUAAUAUCACUUGAGAUACAUUCACAUAGGGCAUCAUGUAGGUGUGUAAGAGCUUGGUAUUGUUAAUAAUCAAGUUAUUCAGCUAGCCAAAGUCACAUUCUAUUUACUUUUGUCUAGAUCAGUUUAGCAACUUAUAUUUACAUACUGGCUCAAUUUACGGUUGAAGCUUUAUACGGAUUCUUAGUCUUCUUACUCCUGUAUAAAUGGGUGUGUUAAAUCUUAGGAAGCGAGGAAUUAUGACUGAAUCAGAUUGACAGAUCAUAACGGAGCACCAACACUGACGAACUCUUCGAAUCAGCCGCUGAAGGUGCUAGUGAAGCUCAUGAAGGACGUAUAGCAAUGAAGUAUUAUGAACAAGCAGGUCUUUUAGAAGAAUAUACUACUGUUGAAUUCGAUGAAGAAAUAGAAGAAAAGACAUAAGAAGACAAAUAGACAAUAAUAAUAACAACAAUAAUACGAGUCUGUUUCUUUCAAAUUUAUGUAAUACAUAGAUUUUCUCCGGUUAUGGUUUAAUGUGUAUAACUGUUUUCAUAAUACUUUUUAUAUGGAAAAUUUUCUUUUUUUUCUCAUCGAUAACCACUUGUAUUGAUCAUGAAUAAUCCCUAGUUUUCCCACAUAACAUUUUGACUUGUUUAUAUUCGACUCAUUUUAAUGAUCAGCAAACAGGACCUUUUCUAUGAAUAAGCUUUUAUUCAUAUUUUUUUCCCACUGAAUUAUUAUAUUUUGUCUUGAAUUAUACUAUGAUUAUUUUCAUGUUCAUUGCAUACACACUUUGUAAUUCCAUGUAUUAUUAUUACUAUUAUUGAUUUAUUCAUUGUGUACUACCACUUCACUCAUUGUAUUAUCCAUUCAUUUUGAACUAAAUGUUUAACGCGCCUCUCAUUUUCGUUAAUUUCCUCUUUCUAUAUCACAUUGUUUUGUUUUUUACGGACUAGAGAUGUGACAAUUUAAACAGAUAUAGAUGUGUGUAUACAUAACCAGAUCUUGUGUUGUCUAUGUCUGACUAACUGAUUUCAUUUUCCCUCUAGUUUCUCCACACCCUCUUUUGGAUUUUCCUGUUACUCUGUAGAAAUUAUCUUUUUUUUUCUAUAUAAAAAAGUGAACAUAUAAAAACAAAAUAAUGUCAGUAACAACAGUCAAUAAAACCAUGAUUUAUUUCUAUUGAACAA